AUGGAUGAAAAAAUUGACGUUGAUGAAGAUUUAAGUGAUGGUCGUUCUGCAAACGUUAACAGUUCGAAACAACAAAAUUCAAAACCUGAAGAUUAUCGUCAUAACGUUUUUAUGGAGUCCAAAUUACAACCCAUACCUCCGGACACAUCCUCCGAAGAAUCCGUUAAAAUAUACGAAGAACACAAAGAGAUGGCGAAGGAAUACAUGGAAGUACAAGCGGAAAUGAGUUAUUUAAGUAGAUAUUUAAAAAAAUUAGAGGAAAAAUUAAAUAAAACGGAAGAGCAGAGACAGCAAAUACAACAACUCGUUAGCGAAAAGGAAAGUCUCGAACAACUACAAAAAAAUCUAACGAAACAAUUGGAAUUAUUGCAAAAGCAAAGACAGGGAAACUGGAUGUUUUCAAACAGCCAAGAUCCGAGAUUAACUUGA